AUGAAGACCCCGGCUGUUGCUACCCUUCUACUCUGUUCCCUGACUCUCGUCAGUGGGAGGCAGGGACAUGGGCGGCCUAGACGGGCUGCAGGACUUGUUGAAUAUGCCACUGUCUCGGUACUCGACACCGCCUGUGAGACCGAGUUCCACCCAGACGAACUUGAUAUUGCCUGGGUUGAACUCAUUGCGUCAAACACAAUCCUACGGGUGAACCUGACGAGCGGCGAGCAAACAAGAUUCCCGCUCAACAAUCCUGUAGGACUCCCCAGCGGCAUGGAGUUCCUGCCGGACGGUAACCUAUGGUUUUCCGAAGUCGUCGGCAACAGCAUGGUGAAGUUGGAUCCCAAGGAUGGCAGCAUGACCGAAUAUCCAUUCCCUUGGACCAACAUCUCACUCAUCGAUGAUCUUCCUGCCGGCAUUCGCGUCACCAUCGAUGUCUCUGGCAACCGCGACCGUGGAGCGUGGUUCACGUCCGUCGGUCUCAACGCCAUUGGCCGGUUCGACAUUGACACCCACGAAUACUCUCUUUACCCGCUACCAAACCCGCUGUCGGCCCCUCUCAUUAUGCAAGGUGGCCCGGGCAGCACCAUGGUCUUCUCGGAAAUCCUAGGCAACAGGGUCGGCACCAUUGAUGUUCACACCAAAGAGAUCAAGGAGUACGAAAUCCCAACACCGCUGUCCCUAGUUCAAGGUGUCGCGGUCGACGCCGAUGGCCUCAUCUGGUGGACAGGUACAGGCGGUGGAAACUUUGGCACCGUCAAUGUGACAACGGGCGAGGUGACUGAGAUCUUCAUCGCCGACAUCCGCGCCGCGGGCAACUCUACUGUGGUUGAGGAUGGUGUUGUUAGCAUUGGUUCCUCCGGUCUGCUGGCGUUGCCAGGUCCGAUUCGUGUCGGCACCGAUGGCAAGGUCUACUUUGUGGAGGGUAACCUGGUCUUCCUUGGAAACCGCGUUGCGCAGUACGACCCGAAGACGCAGCAGCUCGUGGAGUAUGUCACUCCUACUAGCCUCAGUGCCCCGUGUGAUCUCAACAACCAGCACCCAGACGCCGUAUUCUUUGCAGAGUUUACUGGCGGCCAUCUUGGUCGGCUGAAUUACUAA